AUGGAGAAGAAGGCGAGGAAAAGAAACUGGGACAGUACUGAAAAAACCCUCCUAGUUCACCUUGUUGGUGAUAGAGUAGAUAUCAUAGAGAAAAAGAGGAACGACUUCCAGGCCAAUUCGGCCAAAAUCGGGGCCUGGGAGGAGAUCUUUAGUGAAUUCCGCGCCCGGUACGGCGAGAGGAGGAGUCUAAAAGAACUGAGAGAACAGUGGAAACGAAUCAAGUUAGCGGGGAAGGCUGAAUGGGCAGACUUCUCAAAAAAGAGGAGGAUGACGGGAGGAGGAGAGCCACCCCAUCAGCCCUCUGACAUCUCCGUCCUUCUGCGGGACAUGGUCCCUCAGGAAUUCUCUCAGAUCAUCAAUGAGUAUGAUGACGAUGCAGGCAUUGCUCGUCAAAACGACGAUGCAGUGUCUGCAUUCGAGUACUUGGCGGGGAUCUUGCCCGGUUUAGAGACUCCACACAAUGUUAAAUCUUGCAGAAGUGAGCCAACUCUGUCCACAAUCACAGAUGCUACCAGUAUCUACCCCUCUAUCACCUCUGCAAGCUCUCAUGCCCUUCACAGUACCUGUAUUGAGGUCACUCCUGAAAAACGAAGUGAGCCAACUGUGUCCACAAUCACAGAUGCUACCAGCAUCCACCCCUCUAUCACCUCUGCCAGGUCUCAUGCAUUUCACAGUACCCGUAUUGGGGUCACUCCUGGAAAACGAAGUGACUUGGUUCAGCCAACACUGUCCACAACCACGGAUGCUAAUAUCAUCCACCCCUCUAUCACCUCUGCCAGCUCUAAUGCCCUUCGCAGUACUUCUACUGAGGUCACUCCUGAAAAACGAAGUGACUUGGUUCAGCCAACACUGUCCACAACCACGGAUGCUAAUAUCAUCCACCCCUCUAUCACCUCUGCCAGCUCUAAUGCCCUUCGCAGUACUUCUACUGAGGUCACUCCUGAAAAACGAAGUGACUUGGUUCAGCCAACACUGUCCACAACCACAGAUGCUAAUAUCAUCCACCCCUCUAUCACCUCUGCCAGCUCUAAUGCCCUUCGCAGUACUUCUACUGAGGUCACUCCUGUAAAACGGAAUUCACAAACAAAGAGAAGGGUGUCAACUCCUGCAGCAACAACUUCAUCACCAAGCCUUGAAGAAACCCUGAAAUUACAUGCUGAAGAGGAACAUCGUCUGAAAAUAGAGGAACAUCAUCAGAGAAUGAAGUUCAUUGAAGAUGAACAGAGGAUUAAACUUGGUUACCUCGAGGAACAGCAAAAGGUCAAGAUGGAGAUACUACAAAUGAAGAAGAAAGUGCAGCAAAGGAAACUAGAUCUCAUUCAAAACCAGCAAGAUACUAAUUAACUAUUUAUCAUGGGAAAGCGUUUAUUGUUCAUCUGCAUUUACCAUGUUUUAUCAUUUUGAUGUUAAUAUUGCUACCUUGAAACAAAUUCUUCAUCGACCCCAAAACACACUCAAUGAUAUUACAAUCUGAGUGAACUCUGUUGUACCUAAUCUAUCCUAUACCCACUGGAUUUUGGAUUGGUGUCAUGAGGUAUGGUUGACAUGGAUAUACAGUAUGUUAACGGAUGUUCCG